UUUUUAACAGGUUUUUUUCUACUUUCUAAAAUUAAAAAUCUACCAAUUAAAAAAAAUCAGCUCAAAAUGGCUGAGGACUGACUGUGUCCUCUUGGAAUUGUACAUUUCAGCAGUUCCCUUUAAGCUGCUGCUGUCUCUCCUCUCCUCUCUCUCCUCCCCCCUCCGGUUUUUUUUUUUUUUUGCAGGCUGGUUCCAAAAGGAGAAAUAGCUUUCAUGUCAGAAGGAAAACAGAGAAGCAAAGGGGAAGAGGCGGGGGCUGGGCUCUUCAUUAGCAGUUGAGAAAUUCCUAUUCAGUUUGAUCAAGGCAUACUUGUUUUCCUUCCAGCAAGAGCAACCCAUCAUUUUCCAAAAGACCAGGGGUUUUUGGAAGUGGGGGAGGAUUGUUUCCAUUUCAGUCUUGCUAAAAUAAAAAUCGAGGCAGAUUUUAAGAAGGCAGAAAUCCCACGAGGUAUUGUGAGCAGGUUGAUUUUCUGGGUUGAAUUUGUCUUCAGUGGUUUCCAGCCUCCUGGCUUGUCCUCCCCCUCUUCUCUUCAUUCCUAUUUGUGAAAGGAGCUAAGGAUGGGAGGGUCCCUUUGGCUCUGGGCUGGAAUUUCAUCCGAAUGAUUGACCCGUCUUCCAACUGAGAUUGCACUCUUCCAAAGCCAAUGAAGAAUAUAUAUAUAUAUUGCACCAUUCAGCUGUGUUAGAAGUUAGCUGGUCUUGCGUUUGGAUUGUAUCUCCCAACUUUUUUUGUGUUUUAAUUAAAGACUUGCAUUCUGAACUCUUUGAUGGGAGGACAAAUAAUUUGAAAAGCGAUUCUUUUGAGUUUGGUCAGAAGAGAGACAAGUUCUUUUAAAAUAUCAAAUCUUGGGCAGAAAGACACAAUAAUUUGGCAGUGUUUAACUUAGAAGGUUUAUAUGGCAUUUGGACUCCAUUCUGGAUUUUGUAUGGAAUUUUUUCAGUUCUCGCAACUUAGUGGCCUUUCUGUUGCAAAAGUGGAAACUCAUUACCAUCUGCGUUAGUAGACCAAAAACUGACUUUUUAAAGAGAGAUUGCUGAAAAUAAAAAUCUGUUGGUGUGAGACAUGGCUGAAAACUGGAAGAACUGUUUUGAAGAAGAACUUAUAUGCCCCAUUUGCCUGCAUGUCUUUGUGGAACCUGUCCAGCUUCCUUGUAAGCACAACUUCUGUAGAGGAUGCAUAGGAGAGGCAUGGGCCAAAGAGACAGGGCUUGUGCGUUGUCCUGAAUGUAAUCAGGCCUACAACCAAAAGCCCAACCUUGAGAAGAACUUAAAGCUGACCAACAUUGUGGAGAAGUUCAACUCUCUCAACCUGGAAAAGACUCCUUCCGUCUUGCACUGUGUCUUCUGCAGGCGUGGGCCACCUUUGCCUGCCCAGAAGAUCUGCCUGAGGUGUGAAGCUCCCUGCUGCCAGUCUCAUGUUCAGACACACCUGCAGCAGCCCUCCACAGCACGUGGGCACCUCCUGGUGGAGGCGGAUGACGUCAGGGCCUGGAGUUGCCCCCAGCACAAUGCCUACCGGUUGUACCACUGCGAGGCUGAGCAGGUUGCGGUUUGCCAGUUUUGUUGCUACUACAGUGGGGCACACCAAGGGCAUUCGGUGUGUGACGUGGAGAUCCGGCGCAAUGAGAUCAGGAAGAUGCUAGUGAAGCAGCAGGACCGCCUGGAGGAACGCGAACAAGACAUUGAGGAGCAGCUCUACAAGUUGGAGUCUGACAAGCGGCUGGUUGAAGAGAAGGUGAACCAGCUGAAGGACGAGGUGCGCCUGCAGUAUGAGAAGAUGCACCAGAUCCUUGAGGAGGAUCUGCGCAAGACGAUGGAGAUCCUAGACAAGGCCCAGGCAAAAUUCUGCAACGAGAAUGCUGCCCAGGUGCUGCACCUCAGCGAGCGGAUGCAGGAGGCCAAGAAGCUGCUCAGCUCCGUUCAGGUCAUGUAUGACAAGACCGAGGACAUCAACUUCAUGAAGAAUACCAAGUCGGUGAAAAUCUUGAUGGAUAGGACCCAGAACUGCACAGGAGGCAGCCUGCCCCCUCCCAAGAUUGGCCACCUCAAUUCCAAGCUCUUCCUGAAUGAGAUUGCCAAGAAGGAAAAACAGUUGCGGAAGCUUCUGGAAGGUCCCUUCAGCACCUCGGUGCCGUUCCUGCAGAGCAUCCCUAUGUACCCUUGCAGCGUCAGUAAUUCAGGAGCCGAGAAGCGCAAGCACUCCACAGCUUUCCCGGAAGCCAGCUUCUUGGAGCCCUCUUCGGGACCUGUGGCCAGCCAGUAUGUGAGCCAGGGGGCUUCGGCUGCUGAAGGCCAGUCUGCACAACCCAUGGUGCCUUGUAGCUCCACCCAGCACAUAGUAGGACUUCCAAGUGGCCCCCAACCAGUUCACUCUGGCUCCAUGUUCAACCCUUCUCACUACCCCAACAGCACAUCAUCUCAGCAGUCUGUGCUGUCUCAGUAUGGUGGGCGCAAAAUCCUUGUCUGCUCGGUGGACAACUGUUACUGUUCCUCAGUAUCCAAUCACAGCGGGCAUCAACCGUACCCACGGUCAGGCCACUUUCCAUGGACAGUGUCGUCGCAGGAAUAUUCCCACCCCCUCCCACCUGCUCCCUCCGUACCUCAGUCGCUUCCGGGAUUGGCAGUGAGAGAAUGGAUUGAUGCAUCUCAGCAACACGGACGCCAGGAUUUCUAUAGAGUUUAUGGUCAGCCUUCCACCAAACACUAUGUCACCAGUUAACCAUCUGGUUUGGAUAGAAUCUUUACUGAUUUUUGAAAGUUUUUUUGUUGGUUUUUUUUAAAUCUAGCUUUUGUUGUCGUUGUCGUUUUUAAAUCAAACCCAUUUCCAUUAUUCCCUACCACUUGCCAGAAUCUGAGAGGGGCAUUGCUGUCAUCUCUGUCUUUAAUUUAAUUUUUUUUUUUUAAUCUUCCUUUGUAUCAGGAUGGGCGGGAGGGUGGGGGAAGCUGUGGAAAAAAAUUUAACAAGGAUAUCAAUCAAGCAUCUAUUUCUGGAUCAUGUGACAUUGCUACUUUCCGGUUUGGAAAACUUUUAAAGGGACAGAUGAUCCUUUUCUAUUUCAAAGUCUCUGGGCUCUUUUGGUUUUGCUUUUUAAAAUUCUUUUUCGCCUCCCAUUUUUUUAAGAGGAGAAAAUUUCUAUCAUUGAUUCAUUAAGAAAUGACAUUUGUAGAUUUUUUUUUAAAAGGCUGAUUUUUUUGUGUUAAAAGACCACGUAUCGUGCAUAUUGGCAUUUUUUUUCCUUCUUUCAGAGAUUUGUAAAUACACAAUGGCAGGAAAUGAAAUGCACAAAAAAAGGGAAAAGAAACUUUUAAAAAAAGAAAUAAAAAAAUCUGUUUUAGUUUCCAGGAGGGAAGUGUGUGUGUCAAGAUGCACACAUUCCUUCCUGUGUUUCGUUGAUGCAACUUCCUCUAACAAGCACUUUGUAUUAAAAAAAAGUGGACUUCCUGUUAUAAGGUGCAGGUAUUUAUUCUGUAACCAAUUUUAGAACACACACAAAAAAUAUUCAAAUAAAUGUGAUCACUUAGUGCA